CUAUCAAGUUAUGGUAUUUUACAGUUUUAUGACUAGAUCUAGAAAAAUGCUAUAUAUUUUUGGGAGGUUCAAUUUUCACUUUAAAAAAUUAUACUUGUUGAACAUAAUUUAUCCUUCCAUAUAGGCCCAUUCCAGAUUUUUGAGGAACCACUUAGCCUACAUACAUGUACUUUGAAGCCAAACUAAAAAGAAGAACCUAGGCCUGGCUGGGCCUAGCCUAACGAAUAACGAAAGAGUCUCGUUUGACGUUUUUGCUGUCUGCUGUGUGGACCCUUGUCAUUCGAAAUUUUAAAACCGCGUCAUAUUUCAGUUUUUGUUGUGGUCGUGUCUUUCUGCCGUCCAAAACAAUAAUUUUACUUGAAGUGGAGGAGUUUAGGUCUUAUGGUGUCGAUCGAUCUGCUGAAAUAUGGGCUUGGUAAAAUGGAAGCUUUUCCUCGGCCUUGCCUUUCCUUCUGACAUUGUUUUUGGAUAAUAAAUGAAUUGUUUCGUGGUAUCGAUUCAUCAUCUUGUUUAGCCCGUGACCCCGAAAGGGUCACGCCUAGGCCUAGGCCUACUUUGGCGGAGAAUUCAAUUUGGCGCAAGAAAUGCGAUCUUUCUUCUGGGCCAGCACCUUCAGUUCGGCGGCUUUUCUUCUCUGCAGACAUUUUAACAGAUCUCGUGGUUCUUCAAAGCAAGACUUGUUUUAUUCAACCAUGAAGGGAUUCAACCUGGAUGAUUUGAAGCAGCAGCUGCCCUUGUCUUUUGACAAAUCUACUUUCACGAUUGCUGUGGAAGGAAACAUCGGCAGUGGGAAGUCGACACUUCUUCAACAUUUUGAAGAUUUAUCAUAUACUGAGAUUUUUUGUGAACCAUUGGACAAGUGGAGGAAUUUGAAAGGACACAAUGCAUUGGGUCUGCUUUAUGAGGACUCCGAGAGAUGGAGUUUUUCGUUUAACAUGUAUGCUAUGUUGACAAGGAUACAACAGCACAUGAAACCUCAUACUUGCCCUGUGAAAUUGUUGGAACGUUCCUUGUACAGUACCCGUUAUUGCUUUGUGCAAAAUAACUACCUUGACAAAACAAUUACUCCAUUUGAGUACACUGUGUUGAGCCAGUGGUUUGAUUACCUAGUCAAAUCAGGCAGAGCUGAUGUUGAUUUAAUUGUGUAUCUGAGGGCUGACCCAGAAACUUGCUACCAGCGUCUUAAACAGCGAUCUCGUGCAGAAGAAGCAACAGUUCCUCUGAGUUUUCUGGAAUCUCUGCACAAUCUUCAUGAUUCUUGGCUCAUAGAUCAUAUAUACCCUGUUCCAGCCCCAGUUUUGAUACUGGAUGCCAAUUAUGAUCUUGACAGGAUGAAAGAGACUUACGACCUGCGCAGAAAUGAAAUUUUAUGCGGAUACUCUUAACUCAGAUGUGUUUUGGGAGAUAGUAUUAGUAUAGUUUUGGACUUGUACAUUUAAUAUUAAAUUAUUGCAAUAGAUGUAAGACUCAAAAGGGCAGCAUUCAUUACUAAAUCUUUGUAUUCCAGUUCUGGUUUUGUCCUUAAGAGGGCUCAGUUCAUUUUACAAAAAUGUCAUCUAUAGUCUACAGUAGUCUCCGCUCAAACUCAUGCUUUCGUCAUCUGACGGGUUUUUGACUAUAUAAUUUAGCCGUACCAACGCACGGUCACUCCCUCUAAACACACGCUCCGAUCUGCGAAACACCCCGACAGGUAAAGCUUAACAAAGUGAAAUUUUCGCUACAAACUACAAUCUGCACAGCUUGCUAUAAUAUAAGACAAGCAUAGAAAACUGGAUAUUUGAUGAGACUGACCCUCACGCCGAACAAAGCGAGUGAUGGACAGCGUUUUCACACCCAACUUUCUGGACACAUAGGUCUAGGACUGGUCGGUGAAAUGUUGGGGG